UUUCGUGAAGGCUGAAAGAGAAACUGGCUCAGCGAAAUGCUUUGGGGGCGUUUUCGGAAGCACCUGGUGCUAAUCAGUGCCUUGGGGUUCUUGAUAUUCUUGAUCGCCACGGGAAUAUCCUCCGCUAGAGGCACAAAAACGUACAAAGCAGAUAUUAAGAAAAAUGAUUAUCGCCGUGCAUCCUACAACGGGGCAGACAAGUACAACGUCUUAAAUGAAGACUUAGGUAAUGACAAGUCCAAUGAUGAAGGUGAAGACAAGCACUAUCGUCGCGACAACGAAACAUUGGUGUACAAUCAAAAUUCAAACAAGGACAGAGGCCCUGAUGAAGAUGCAGACAUGGAUAGCCGACAUGACUCCUACACAGGCAAGUAUCAACACAUAACAGGAGAUAGGUGGAUCGUCAUUACAACGAUUGCCUACCCAACAUCUGAUGUCAGAUUCCUGGCUCAAGUACCGGGAUGGAAAGUGGUGGUGGUCGGGGAUACCAAGACACCAAAUGAUUGGACGUUACCAAACUGUGUUUAUCUAAGUGUAGAAGACCAGCGCCACCUGGGAUUCAAGACAGUGUCUCUCCUUCCCACGCAAAACUAUGCCAGGAAGAACGUGGGAUAUUUGUUUGCCAUUGCUCAUGGUGCGAAGAUCAUAUAUGAAACAGAUGAUGACAAUCGACCACUUGAUUUACUUGAGAAUUUCAUCCAGGACGAAACGACGUGGGGACUGUUGUAUAAUGGGGGAAAACUUUUCAACCCAUAUCGUCACUUUGGACAACCCUCAUUGUGGCCAAGAGGUUACCCUCUCAGUUCUGUUGGAGAGAAUUUCUCAACUGAGUAUACACUAAGUCACUGGAAAACCCCGUCAAUGCAGCAGGGUGUGGUCAAUGGUGACCCUGAUAUGGAUGCGAUUUUCAGACUCACCCGGAAGAUUACAACUUCUAAACUCAAUGUGGCGUUUGAUGGAGAAGCCCCACCAGCACUUCUUCCUCCAGGAGUGUUCGCUCCCUAUAACUCCCAGAAUACCCUCUUCCUGUAUGAUGCAUUGUGGUCUCUCGUGCUUCCAACCACUGUUACAUUCCGAGUGUGUGACAUUUGGAGAGGCUACAUGGCUCAAAGGUUAAUAUGGGAGAUGGGUGGAAACUUAGGAUUCUUUCCUCCAAAUGCUUUUCAGGUAAGGAACGCCCAUUCUUACCUAAAAGAUGCUACUGAAGAAAAAGAUCUGUAUUUCAAAACAGAACGUUUUGUGGCCUUCUUACGUGUGUGGACAUGUGAAUCAUCUAAAUCCUUCUUUGAAUGUAUGACACAGUUGGCAUCUGACAUGGCCCAAAACGAUUUUUGGGGGGACACUGAUGCGAAACUGAUUUCAUUUUGGGUCCAGGACCUCAAAGCUCUUGGGUACAAGGAACCAGCAAGGGUUGCAUUUUCACAAGUCGGAACUGAUUCGAAAUUGUCAAAGCCAGAACGCCAAACUGAUCAAGAGUUUCGUGUCAAAUUCUGGGCAUCUGAACAGUCACCACCACUGAUAUAUUCAACAAUUAAGGAACAACGUGGCUUUACGUCGCAUGUCAGUCAAAUAUCUUCAUAUUGCAGAUUUCAGUCGUUAGAGGUGAAUGCUGUGAAGGGAAUAAGAACCUAUCCUCAUCUCCUUCUGAUAGUAGUCUUUAAGUCGCCCAACUAUCAGAACCUCCAGUUUAUAGAAACAUAUUACAGUGUCCACUUCCAACACAUUGUCUAUUGUGGAGCCAACAAAAAUCAGUUUGAGAAUCAAGCUAAUCUCCUCUCAAAGCCUGCUUCCUUUCUUGAGAUUGAUAUUGGUGAUAGGUGGAUCGCUCAAAACUGUUUAACUCAAGCAAUGAAAAUGCGGUAUAACGUUGAGGGCUAUCUUUAUACUGACAGUAACAUACUACUGAACACAUGGACUCGAUACGACCUUCCCUUAGGCCAACUCUGGCUUGGCAACUCAUCAGUUCAGCAGCAAAGUUCAAGUGGGUUUAUGUUUCCCAAUCUUAAGGAUGGAUUGGAAGCUAUUGUUAAAAAGUUUAAAUUGCCAGAUGGGAAUAGAUAUAGUGCUUUUGCACAAAAGCUAUUGGAUAAUUUGGAGAGCAAAGUCGAAUUAUUUAACGGUGGGUCAGAAAUUGCUUAUGUCCCUAAGAUAUACAAACAAGACGUCAUGUAUUUUGUCGAGCAUUUUUCAAAAUUAAGUAUGCCCGGUGAGUUCAUAUUUCCAACUGUGUUUGGUGGUAUUGAAAACUGGAAAAACGUUCAUAGAUUAACAGAAACGUAUUUAUCGUAUGAUGGAAACAGUCAAGACAUGAAAACAUUUUUGGCUUUAAAGGACGUGCUUCAUUUGCCCAGAACAACAUUUAUGCCCAAAGGAAGAAACUUCUUUUGCAACACAGUCUUCCCACUAACUUUGAAUAAUCAUUGAAAUACAGGCAUUGAUCGUGUUAUUCAUUUGAGAUUGUCUACUGGGAUAGAGACCUACCAUUUAUAAACAUUCACAAUUAGAUAGAAAUAAGCCAUCCAUAUGUAUUUCAUCGAACUUUCUCAUCCCCAACGUCAACCUGAAGAACAGUGGUCGGGCAAAAUUGAAAUAGAAAAAAUAGAAAAUUGAAAGAACAUAAAAUAACGUUUUUCACUAAUUAUGUAACCUAUAUUAUGACAUUCUUAAGUUAAAACACUUGGUGUCAACCUAUUAAUUACUUAUUGACGUAGAUCGAGUCGCUUUGCUCCGGUGCUGUUUUUUUUAUGAAUGUGCAAUUGUCUUUAUCACAUCAGGGCAUAUGUUUUUACAGCAGCAGGGGAAAUUGAGAUACGAAAACAUUGUAUAAUUUCACGUCAGAAUAGAAAUUAAGGGCGAGCAGGAGACGGGAAACAAAUACGGACAGCCUAACCAUCAUAAGGGACAAUUCAAAUAUAUCCAAAAUAUAUCAUUUUCGAUAUCUUGUUUCCCCAAAUAUAUACAAUUUAGCAUAUUUCUGUAUGUCCACACAUACAAUUUGGUAUAUUUUGAAUAGCCAAAGAAUAUCCAAGGUUUGUAUAUAUGGAUAGAUUUUACACUACUUCAUUCAGUUUCUUUCUUUUACUUUAGUGAGGGAUUAUUUGGUUGCAUACAGUGUGUGGUUGAUUGAUGUUUUCUUAUAUCUUCAUUGAAAAUGACACUAAUAAUUAUGUACCGGACAGGAUUCUUGUGGAUGUUACAAUACUAUUUUGAAACUAUUUUCAUUGUGACAACUAUACUGGAGGGUUAUACUGCAAUAAUUUGUAUUGAUUGAUGUCGACAGUACUUUACAUAAUAAAGAAAUAGAACAUUUGAGCAGACUUUAGUAACAGAAAGAUCAAUAAUGACAUAGUUAAUAUGUAUGCCAGCUUUUUACA